GCUUUUCACCUUCUCUGUUUUCAGGUUCAUCGAUUUUUAUAAAUAUAAAUUUCAAUUUUGAGGAAAACAGUGGGUUUUGGAUGCUAGUUCUACUUCUAAUGUGACUAAGCAAAUGAUAAGCUAUCAAUAGAGAGAAGAGAUCUUUGGAGGGUGUUUAUAAAUUCACGUCUAGAAGAUUGGGUUUUGACGUUGAAAAUCGCAGGGUUUAUUUACAUGUUUUUAUUUUGCUGAUAUGGAUCAUAAGAUUUUGUGUGAGGUGUUGCUAUAAAUCUCUUAUAAGUUUGUUACACGUUGUAAUUUUCAAAUGUUGCAACUAUUACACUUGCUGUAACCUGUAAGCUGAUCGUAGUUCAAACUUCAUUUUCCUAUAACUUUGUUGCAAUGAUAAAGGGGUCCUUACUGUUUUUCUGACGUGUGAGAUUACCUUAUGACUUUGUUAAAGUCGUGUAAAUGGUUCAGCUUUAUCAUUGCAGCUUUCCGUUUGUUCAUGUGGUUGUUUCUGCAUUUUGUUUUUCCCCGAUAAGUUUUCGUGAAUUGAGAUUUGGGGUUUUCAUCUAUUUGUUGAAUUGAAUCAUCACAAUUCUUGGAUGUCGGGUUGUUCCAUCGUCAUGUUAUAAAUUGAAGUUUUUUGUUACUUUCUUGAAGGCAUAAAUUUAAAUUGCCCAGGCUGUUUCAUCUCGCCCACAAAAUGACCAACGACAAGUCAAAGGCUACAUGGGAUACGACAGCAACUAAGAUGUUUAUUGAAUUAUGCUUGGAACAAGUGCACAAAAAUGAACGAAAGGGCGGUACCUUUACAAAGAAAGGGUGGAAAGAUAUCAGGGCUGGAUUCAAUGAAAAAAGUCGCAGACAAUAUGACAAGACUCAAUUAAAAAACAAGUGGGACAACCUUAGAAAAGAAUGGGUACUAUGGGAUAAAUUGUUUGGUGAAGAGGCGGACUUAAAAUGGGAUAAUGCAAGGAAUACGGUAGAUGCACCAGAUGAUUGGUGGGCGAAAAAGCUAUUGGAAAAUCCACAAUAUGAGAAAUUCAGAUAUAAAGGACUUCCAUUUGCCCAAGAAUUAACCACUUUGUUCAAGAGUGCGCCGGCUACAGGAAAUUUGGCAUUGGCACCAGCACCGUCUUCUGGAACGCUACCUAAUGACACAAAUGCUUAUGUGUACCAUUCACCGUUGAAUGAUGGCUGCGUGAAUUUGGACGAAGGAACAGGGGACUGUGAUGAAAAUCUGGGGAAUGCUGCCGGACUUAUUGCUGAGGUACAGAGUGUUAAUUUAAACACUUCUCAGGGAAACAGUAGUGAAGGCAAUGGGAGGGGCAAGAGGAAGAGAGGUGAAGCAACUGACAAGAAGAUGAAAGUUCCUACCUCAAAAAAGAUAGCUGAUGCAAUAAUUAGGAUUGCCGCUGCAUCUGAAUCACGUUCACAAAUGAUUGCUAGAACGUCUAUCAGUGAAGUGAUAGCUGAACUUCAAAAAAUGGAGGCUAUCACAAGUGAUCCUGACUGGCAUUCCCGAUGCUGCCAACUCCUUCUGUCUCAGCCUGAAAGGGAAAUGUUUAUAGCUUUGAAGCCGUAUGAGGAAAAUUUGUUGAACUGGUUGAAGUUUGCAGCUUAUAGAAUUUGAUAUCAGUGCAGUUAGUCGUUAGUCAUGUAGUACUGUCAAAACUCCUUGUAAUAUUUUUGAUUUGAUGUUGAAUUUAUGUUUUUUAUUUUUUAA